UCUUGUUCAUGGUGUAUGUGUAAAAGCAUGGCCUCGCAGGAUGUUGCAAGUUUCUUCCAGCCUCUCUCCUCCUGGAUGUCACGGUUCUAUGAGGCUCUCCAAGAAGCAGGAGACACCAUAUCUUCUUCCUUUGCCAGUAUGGGAAACACAGCAGAUCACGCUGCAAAUGAAGAAGGGGAUGGAGGCUUAGAAAAUAGCGAUGAGUCUUAUGAACAUGGUUCUGAAGGUUCAGACAAUGAAAGCACCUUUAGCCAGGUGAGUGAGGAAUCUGAUCACUUUCCAUCAUCCUAUCAUGAUGAACUGGAGUCAUCUUCUGCUUCAAAUCUGGGUCCAUAUUGGUAUGAAGGGAAAAGGCGCAACCUCCAGAUCUCGGAGGAAUAUCUGGAUGAUGAUUCUCUGGAUUCCCAUGGAGCCUGCCAAACCUACAAGGGUUACGAAACUAUGGAAACUCUUCCGACCAUCCCAGAGGAAGAGGAGCACCUCCUUUCCAAGCAGAGUAAAACGCUUCCACAGACCAGGGAUGUGAACAGCUAUGGGGAGGAUGAAGACCUAACAACAUCCUCAGACAGCGAUGAUGAGGUGAUUAAGCAGUUCGAGAUCUCUGUUUCACGUUCACAGAGCUUUCGGUCAGGAGUUUCCGAGAAAGGAACCCAAGCGGGUUUAGAACGCAGGCCAAAAUUCAAUCGCUUGCUGUCUAACCAUGAAGAGUACAGCUCAGAGGUCUCUGAAUGCGAAGAUCUGGAUGGAUUCAGCCAAUUGAGUUACCAAGACAACCUCUCUUAUCAUGAAGAUGACCAUCUAUCAUUCGAUUCAAGAACUGCAUCAGAAAGCAGAGGCUCUGGGCAACCCAAAGAUCCUGAUAUGGAGGUUAGUACGCUGCCAAGCCUCAGCCGCCAAGAAACUGAAGGGAGCUUAGAAAUGGAGACAGCUUUCAGCAAUCAAGGAUUUGAAGGGAAUGAUGCUACUGACAGCUCAUCGGCCUGGAGUCCGGAGGAACAUGAAGGAGCAAAUGUUCUUCCAGCUCAUCCUAGCCCCCAUGAGCCCAUUUCCAAGUGCGGAGACCUAGAUGUCAUCUUUGAUUAUAGGCCUUCCACCCAGAAGCUGCUGGUGACUGUCCUGGAGGCGAAGGAUAUCCCAGACAAGGAUCGCAGUGGAGUGAGCAGUUGGCAAGUCCAUCUGGUCCUGAUGCCUAGUAAGAAACAGAGGGGAAAGACAAGUGUCCAGAGAGGUCCCAACCCAACAUUCAAGGACAAGGUGACAUUCACUAAGUUAGCCCCUGAGGAGCUGAGCACCUAUGCCAUCCGAUUCCGCCUCUACUCUGUGCGCAAAUUGAUCAAGGAGAGGAUGAUGGGCGAACGGUUCUUUUAUCUUAGCAACCUCAACCAGGAGGGGGAGAUGAAGGUGACACUGGUUUUGGAGCCAAGAAGCAACUUGUGUAGCGGAGGCUCCCAGAUCAGUCUCUCAGCCAUCUCUCACAGUGACAGUGCUUCUUCAAACCAGUCCCUGUCACAUGGAGGUGUUCCAGAACUGCUGGUGGGGCUCUCCUACAAUGCUACAACAGGGCGAUUAUCGGUAGAGAUGAUCAAAGGAAGCCACUUCCGGAAUCUUGCUGUUAACAGGCCACCAGACACCUAUGGAAAGCUGUGCCUUCUCAACUCGGUUGGCCAGGAGAUGUCUCGCUGCAAGACUUCCAUCCGCCGAGGCCAACCUAACCCUGUCUACAGAGAGACUUUCGUCUUCCAGGUGGCCUUGUUUCAGUUGUCGGAUGUCACGCUGAUGAUCUCCAUCUACAACCGCAGGAGUAUAAAGCGCAAGGAGAUGAUCGGCUGGCUCUCCAUGGGUCAGAACAGUAGUGGAGAGGAAGAGCAAAAUCACUGGCAGGAGAUGAAAGAGUCCAAAUCCCAGCAAGUGUGCAGGUGGCACACGCUCCUGGAAUCCUAAAGGAAGUGCCCAUAGUUUUCAUACCUUGAGUGCAGGUUUUCUCUAGCUGGGCCCAAAGCACAGAGGUUGUCUCCCUGACAUUUGAUAUAUAAAGGAUCAUCCAUUUACAUGAUCACUGAACUUCCAAUGCUCUCUACCAUCACAAUUCUUGUCUUUUGCACUUCCCACCCAGUAACUAGUGCGAAUCUCUUGAAAUAAAACCCAGGCAGUUGGCAAAGGGAGAGCCAAAAGUUAAAAUCUGAUCAAUAUUGUAAUCCAGCACCAAACGUCAUUUCGAUGUCUCCAUUAGGAGUUAAAUAUUAUCUUGCCCUUGGCAACUUGGUCACAUAGAGAAAUCUGGAUGGCUGUGCUAGGAUGAAGAGGGACUUAAAGAUACACAAGGGACAGGGAGUAUCUUUUGGAAAACAUGUCAGUGCUCUCCUGAAACCCAUUUUUUCCUGUAGAAAAUAUUCAUGGGGAGAAUUUGACCUGUAAUAUUGCUUGUCCCAUUAUAACAUCUGAACUGUGGUUUCGAAACACCUGAAUGGAAUAUUUGACAGAAUAGUUACAUGGUCUGAGUCAAAUUAUAUAAACUUUAGCUUUAGGAGCUGCAGGGUAGGAUAGUAAGAAAAACUGGCUGGAAGGUUCCUCAUUUGGAGCCAUAAUAUGGCCUGUUCUAAAUCCUCAACACUCAGUAGACAUACUCCUUUGGUUUUCAUAUGUAUGAGGGUUAGAAACUUACUCUCCCACACACACACAUUUUAAAAGCUUGCUGUUGUUGUGUGCCUUCAAGUCGUUUCUGACUUAU